AUGGCAAGCUAUCAUUAUAUUGGGGUAAGUGAAUUGGUAGAGUUGAUGGAUGAUCCGGAACACAAAGCGAAGCUUGCCGUUAUCGAUUGUCGCGAUGCAGACAUUUCCGAAGGUUUCAUAGUAGGUUCUAUCCACGCACCUACCAUAAGUUACACUACAGAUAUGUACAGGUGCUUGGCUAAAAAACUUUUGGAGGGCAAGAUCGAACUUGCCGUGUUCCACUGCGCGAUGUCGCAGAUACGUGGUCCACGAGGUGCUAACCGGUUUGCCCUUGUGCAGAAAGAGUUGGGGCUUACGCUCCCUAAAGUAGCAGUACUCGAGGGGGGCUGGGAUGCCUUUUAUAGUCUGUACGGAGAUACCCGUCGCGAUUUGUAUUGUCGAUCAACAUGAGCUAUUGAUGGUGAAAUAGAAUAUAUUUGAAUGAUCAUCAGUGUUAUUAUUAUCAUUAUUUUACCCAGGCAUGUCUCCGGCUCUGAAGUUUCGGGAUCCUCAAAAUAUCAGGAAGAAAACCAGUUCCUUCCAAUUUUCCAUUCCGAUCUGCAUUGCAUUGAGUGUAUGUACGCCGAACAAUUGCUCGAUAUUUAUUUAUAAAUUUCACUUGAAUUUUUCUUUCCUGGUUUCGUUAUUCU